UGGGACGAAAAACAGGGAGAGUGAACUGCACGGAGGCAGAAGUUGAACAAGUUUAACUGGAGGACAUGCCUCCGAAGGAACGGCUUGUUUUCUGACAGAGAUCCCUCUCAGGAGAUCGCGCUGGAAAACAGAUUAAUGAAGCUCGUCCAAGGCGCUCUGCGGCGUUGCGCAACGCGAGCCCGAGCGGCCUGUGAACACAAACGGCUGUGCGUCGCGCCUAAUGGGGCUGUUUGGACGUCGGAGCCUAAUGUGAAUUAUGCAACGCCGCCGUAUUUGGCGGAUAUGUGCGGUAAAGCCCCCCAGAAUGUUCUGCGGGCAAUUAUCUUUUACACCGCGCGCGCUGGGCUCCCGUGAGGAGAGGUGCGCUUGCGCUGGGGCUCUUUUAUUUGUUUUCUUUUAUAAGACUUUCUCAGCUGGGUUGAGUUUCAGUGCCAGUCUAAUCAGGAUCUGGAAAAAGGCCGCUGUGGUUUUGGAUGUAGUAUCUGACUGCCUAUAGAAGCAGCUCUAAUGUUGCGUGUAUGCGUUGAUGGGUUGGGGUGUGUUAUUCAGUAUAUUCUGUACAUGUCGUACAUAUUGUUCUCAUAAAACAUUAAAUCCACUCCUACUAGCGUGACAGAUAUUCUUUCAGACUUGCUAAUUUACAAGCUCUUUGUGUCGGGUGUGUGUUGGUGCCAGCGUAGAAACCGCGUGAUUGAAUGUUUACGCACAACAGAACACACUGACACCAGCUCUGCACUGCGGCGGCGCUGGGUGAAGACCCUUGUGUGUGCGAUCACGGCGUACAUAUUUCUGUGCGCGCCAGUUAAUAUGUCAGCGCGUGCUUUUGUUGGUGCGCUUCCUGCGCUGCAUGCGCACAUGCCCCUCCGCAGCAUCCAGCCCGUUGCCAGUGGGAGUUUCACGCCUCGUGCGGAGCCAACUGGACGGACAAAAGUGUCUAUAACGGUCCUGGCACCGCUUGGAUUCUGUAAACUCGCGGCCUUGUACUGAGACUAAAAGAUUUUGCGUGUUUCCAUUUCACUUGAAAGCACCUUAAGGGACUUUAGGAGUUUUCUAGCUAUGGUUCAGUCACUUUUCAGGUUUGGGUUCAGAGAAAACGAACAUGGAUGGAAUAAGAAGUUACUCUAUUCAAACGCUUUGACUGUGAUUGUUUUCCUAAAGGCGUCUGUACAUCAACAUUCUAUCGGGUGUGUUUCAAGCCGUUGAACAGCUUGUGUGGACUCGAGCCAGGCAGGCUACAGAGUACACGGCUCUAUUGUUUUGGAGCUACUCAGGAUUCUCAGGAUGUUGCUUUGCCUCAGCUCCCACUGGUCCCACACCCUGGAUUGUGCACCUAUUUCUAAAUAUACCAUUUACAAUAGUUGAAGUAACGGUGCAAUUAAUGAGGGUUGAGUUACUCCCGUCCUCCUUUUGUUCGGAGAAGAAUCAUCGAAAUGCCGGAGCUGAGGCUCUCAGACAGAGUGCGAACCCUCCGUGUGAACGAGGGCCGUGCGAUAGGAAGUAAGGUGUUUAUCGCUCAUCACUGCUCUCAUGUUGCUGAGACAGGAAGGAGGCCUCUUAGGAUCAUUAUUUACCCUAUAUAUAGAAAAUGCAUCUGAUUAUUGGCCAAGUCUGCCUCCACACAGAUUUCCCCGAGGAAAGUUGAGCCAAGUCCAUUCAGCCUGUUGUGAUGGUGUCCUCAUUCAUUAAAAGUCAUGACAUAAUCAAGCAGGACUGCUUGGGCACAGCCAAGUGGCUCAUAAGUAAAUCAGCUUCAAUGUCACUUUAUCCACCCCACAUCUGCGCUGAUGUGCUCAUUCUGUUUAAGGUGGAGGCUUGUUGCCGUGCGGGAGAGGCAGCGAUGGGCAGAGGGACGGAGGUGGGGAAGUCGAUGCCGCUGACGGGAUAACGAGGGCCCCAUAUUGAGUUACACAGACUAUAGUCUGUCUUUUCUCUGUGGAGCAGAGAAGAUGCAGUGUAAAUGAAGCGUGCUGCAUUCUGCCGCUUUAUCUGCGCGCUGUGUGUGUGGAUGCGAGUGUAUGGAGGGGAGGCGACAGAGGCCUCUUUCAGCAUCGAGCCCCUGUUCUCCACCAGCCUGUGUCCGUGACCUGUCUGUUAUUACAGCCAGAUACGCACACGGGUGAAUGGAUGCAUCCGCUGAUGCGCUGCAGGAUCUUCUUAUCUCAUCUAUCAUAUAUCGUUUUUCUAUUUUAUUGCACAACUCAGCAUUAUUUAGUUUUGUUGUGACAUCACAUUUGAAAUAAGAUUAAGUGGCAACUUUGAACUCAGUGUUUUUGUCUCGUAACACAAUGGCCUCCCCUUGUGUUUUCUGGGCCAAACUACACAGAGCCCAGCCAGGAAACCAAGAAUCUCUCUCGUCAUACAGUAACUUCCUGUUUUACAUCAUUUAACUCAAGACUCUCUCAAGGACGCGUAGUUGAACCAUUUCUUCGUUAAAAUGACCUUACUUAAAUGUGUUAUUUUCGCCACGGUUAUGCAAUUCCGUGUCUGCCAACAAUCAGAAUGCAACCGUUUGAGCAUUUCAUGCAAAAGAAUUCGAACAGAACAUCCCGCUGGCUUCACAUUCCUUUACAAUUGUUCUACUGGAAAUGAGGUUGUCGCUUAUUAUAACCAGACUGUGAUUGCACAUGCUGAAUACAAUGGAGAGGACUACAACCUGUCACCUGUAGUGAUAAGCAUGAACACGGCUUCACUUUUUACGACUGAGUGCAGAAACCUGAAAGUACAAUGUAUUCAUUCCAAUGGUCAGUUUGUUGAAGAGACCUGUGAGGAGUUUGAAGUUUCUGACUGGAGCCCUGUUGUCCAUGAAGGGUCCACACCAUGGAACCUCAUCAUUGGUCUAUCAGCAUUAUUAAUUAUAAUGCUGAUCAUUGGGAUACUUCUUUGUUGCUAUUGGAGAAAGUUUGUAGGAUUGUUGCAGUCCUGCUGUUGUCACAGAGUCGAAGGCUGCUGGCUCAGUUGCCCUUCAAGAUGCCACAAAGAUGACGGAAGUCAGGUUUCGACAACUGGUGAUGUCGCAACUCCGCCCGAUGAUGUGAUGAGCCUGACAGAAGUAGUCACUUCUGAGCCACAUGGAAAUGGUGAAAAUCAGCAGGAUAACAUAACUGGAACUGUACAAGCUAAUGGGAAACUGAAGGACGACCCCGGAGGAGCAUCUGCUGUGGGGACCUUGAACCAGAACAAUGGAUGUACUCAUGGUGAUCGUGGUCCUGAAGGACAACAACUGCUGGAUCAGCGAGCUGCUGUCCACAGUUCUGAAAUGACAGCUGAAGCCGUAGCUUUGGUGAACAAGCACGACUUUGACCCAGACCGGGUCGACACGUGCUCCACUGCUCUACUGCACGAGACAAGGACGUGGAGUCAAACCUAAGAUAAAGAAUGACAGGAAAUAUAACCAUAAUAAUAAUAAUAAUAAUAAUAAUAAUAAUAAUAAUAAUAAUAAUAAUAAUAAUAAUAAUAAUAAUAAUAAUAAUAAUAAUAAUAAUAUAAAGUUAUUAUAAUAUAAUAACACAUAUAAUAUACAGUUACCUUUGACAUUAGAGUCUGUAUAAACUAAUCUCACACUUAGCAUGGGUGCAUUUAUUGACUGCUUUGGAUCAUGUCCAGCUCCGGUAAAUUCACUGUCCCAGUAAUUUUUGAUGAGCAUGGUAUCUUUUACCACAAGGUUAGAAAUAUAUCUUGUGUCUUUUACAAGCUAAUAAGCUAAAUUUGAUAUGAUUAUGGAAGAUUUAUAUUUAUUUGUUUACUCAGCAUUAUCUUUAAAGGAAACGCUCAGGGGUGAGUAACUGAUCCCAGUGCCCGUUUAUGAGGCAUAUCAGAUAAGAAAUUAAUUUGAGUCGUUACAAUUAAAUGAUUAGUUUUCCCAAAUCAUUAACAUGGAAGAGAUGAGAUUCAUGUAUUUGCCAAAGAGAGAUUUGUUGCUUUGAAUAUUAUAUGCUUGGCUUGACCAAAGAAUGGGUGGACCAUAAUAAUGUCAAUAAAUGUACCCAGGUCUAAACUGUGAGAAUAUAUAGAAUAUAUAUACGUUAGAUAAUCAACUGUUGUAAGCUUUUCUUUUUAAGUGGGCUUUGCUUUAUGUUGUUGUUAUGUGAUGGUGGUGGUGUAGUGGUUUUAUAAUGGUUUAUGCUAUCAGUCAUAAGCGUAAACAUGCAUUAAUCAAAAAGCUCAUUUUAAACACUCAUAUUCUGUAAUAGCCAAACUACUUGCAUUAUUUUGCUGUGUUGCAUUUUGAAAUUUAUUUAGAUUUUAUUUCAUUAUUCCCUCAGUUUUUUUUGUUUGUUUUUCAUAUUGUAAUAAUGACUUGUAAACAAACUCAUUUAAUGUUUCUCAUGUUAGAAACAAAUAAACGUAGAGAUAAUAGCA